AUGUAGAAGCAAUAAUAAGAGGAAUUAAAAAAGACCGAACUAUUUGCAGGAAAGUUUUUCUGUUAGUAUUAAAGUAAUGGAAAUCGGAUAGGAAAAUAAGAUAAAUUAAAAGUGAAAAUAAAAAUUUUUGACUAGAAUAAAAAAAUAUCAUAAUUGAAGAAAAAAUUGUAUGUUGUUAGCAGUAACUUAAAUCCUAAUGAUUAAGAGAGGAUUGUUUGUAGAGUAAGAAAGGAAAAAGAAUAGAUUAAAACAGUAUAUAAUAAUCAUGGUAAAAUUUUACACCUAUAUGAUGAAAUAUGGUUUUUUUUAUUAAAUGCUGAUUAUGUGAAAUUAGUUGUAAAAAUAAUGAAAUUGAAUGAAUCUAUGCCUGAAAUUGCUGAAAUCUCAGUUUAUAUUACAUAAUUAGCUAUAGAUGAUGAUUACGAAUUGAAGAUAGCUAGAUAAAAUAAGACCACAGAAUAAUAAAAAAUUUUAGAAGAAAAUUAAUUGGAGUUGUUAAAAUAUGCAAGACUGUCUAUGUUAUUGAUGUUUGACUUUAUGAAUGUAUCAAUAGAAGAAAAUUGUUUGAUUAAACAGAGUAAAUAAUUUAAGAUUUUUUUUGCUCAAUAUUGCUACUUUUUUUAGAAAUCUAAAAAAAAUUUUUAAGUGAGGAGUUUACUUAAAUCAUAUCACAGGCCUAUUAUAGAGAAACGAUAACAACAACAAUUUGAGAAUUAUCUUAAUAAUAAGAGAUUUAGUAAUAAUUUAUUUGAAAAAUCUUUGAUCUAAAUCUUAGCUCUUUAUUAAACAGAUUCUUUGAGUUAUAUUUCUCAAUAUAAAAGCAAUUUUCUCCAUUUUUGGAAGAGAUUAAUCCAAUUAAUCAUGUAUUAUUUUAAAGAAUAGGUUUAGAAUUUUUGAAUUAGUGAAAACAUUUAUAAAGCGAUCCAAAAAUUCAAUUUAGAAUUAUUUAGUAGAAUCUUAUGAUGAUUAUGUCUUAAAGACAGUAUUUUUAUGCACCCAAUAGUUAUAUCAAAAAAUUUAGCAAGAUUCUAUUUAUAAUAAUUAACAUAAGAAUUUAAUUAAAGUUAGAAAAUUAAUAACAAAUGCAUUAAGUAAAUUUAAUAAAGAUAAAUACUUAUUAUUAAGUGAUCAUAAUCUAAAAAUAUACUAAUAUUAAAAGAAUGCAAUUUAUGAUUUAUAUUUUAUUGAUUUUAAAGUACAUAGUAGAUAGAAUAAUUAUAAUGAUUUUUUUGAUUUCAGAUACUAUUAAAAUUAAAUGAAUUAAGGAUAUAGUGAAAUAGAAAAUAUGUUUAAAGAGAAGCAUUUUAAGAAAUCAAGGAAAAAAUAAAAUACUAGAGUGUAAAUUUAGAAGAGAAUAAAAAGGAUAUAAAUGACAUAUUUAUUUUUAAUAAUUUGAUUUUUGAAGAAUAAGAGACACCAUAAUUAAUGAUUUCUAAACUUAAGAAACAUUAAAAGGAAGCAUUAUUUUGGAUGCUUUAUAGAGAAGGAAGAAUAAAGGAUAAUAAAUUUUAAUAGAAGUAACGUUUGUCUCCAUUAUGGCAGGAGUAUAAAUUAUUAGGUGGUGAAUCAUUAUUUGUGAACAUGUUUACAGGUAAGGUAUCUAAAGAGAUAGUAGUACUUUAAGAAACUAAAGGUGGUAUUUUAGCAGAAGAAAUGUGUUUGGGAAAAACUUUAAUGGCUUUAGCAUUAAUUUUGGAAACUCUUAAUAAUGAGAAUUAAAUUCUUAUUGUUGUACCUAAAUCAGUAUUAAAAUAAUGGGAAAAUGAAAUUACUAUACAUUCUAAGCCAGAUAGUUGAAAAGUUUUAGUAUAGUAUAAAAAUAAAGACAGAAAGAACAAGUAAAUAGAUAUUAAGAGCUAUAAUAUUAUAUUAACUACUUAUGCAAUAUUGAGUAUAGAUUAUUAAAUUUGGAGUCAAAUUAAUAAUAUUAAUCUUGAAUAAGAUAGUGAAGCUAAUUAGACUGUUAAUUUUGCUGAAAGAAUUUAUUCUAAUGAACAAUCCAGUGAUUUCUCUCAUUCGAUUGAUAUAUAUGACAACAGUAGCUCUGAAGAUGAUUAAUAAAAUUAAUCUUCUAUUAAUCCUACAUAUUAAUUCUUAAAUGAGAAGAGAAAAAAAAGAAAGUUAAUAAAAAAAAGAAAUCAAAUUAUAAUAAAAGAUGGAGAAAAUUGAAAAAGAAAAGUAGAAAAAAUAAUUAAGUGAUGAAAAAUUAGAGAAAGCAAAAGAUCAUUUUAAUUUAUUUAAAUAAAAAUACCAUAGAGUUAUUUUAGAUGAAGCUCAUAAUAUUAAAACUAGAUAAACAUUACAAUCAAAAAGUGCUAAUGCUUUAGAGGCUGAUUAUAGGUGGUGCUUAACAGGUACUCCUAUGUAAAAUAAACAUGAUGAUUUAUUUGCUUUAAUUUAAUUUCUUAAAGUUGAAACUUUCUCUCAAUAGUAAUUUAAUUUAUUUGAUUUUUAGUUUUUGGUGGAAUACAUAUAUAAAUAAAGAAGAAAAUGAAGAAGAUUAAAUAAGAAUAUUAUCUUAAAUUUUAUAACCUAUUAUACUAAGGAGAACGAAAAAUUCUUAAAGAUUUGAUGGUUUAAAUUAAGUUGAAGAAGAAAUUUGCUGGGUGGAGCUAAAUGAAAAAGAAAAAAUACUCUAUUAAAAAUUAUUACAAGGUUCUUAAGAUAUAUUUAAACAUUUUACUAUUGGAAAGAAUAAUAAAUCUUAUGUUCAUAUCUUUUAAAUAAUUAAUAAAUUAAAAUUAGCAUGUAAUCACCCUCAAUUAGCCUUAAAAGAAAUUAAUUUAGAUAAAACACCAAUGGAAGAAAUUAUAACAAAAUUAAUUUAUUUUUUAAAAUUAAAUAAUAAAGUACAAAUAUGACAGAUUUAUACAAAAAAUCAUUAAUUGAAAAUAUAAGAAAUGGAGACAUAUAAGAAUGUGAAAUUUGUAAAAAUGAUUAAAUUGACACAUUUUGUUUAUCAUCUUGUGGUCAUGUAUUCUGUNAAGAAACAUUAAAAGGAAGCAUUAUUUUGGAUGCUUUAUAGAGAAGGAAGAAUAAAGGAUAAUAAAUUUUAAUAGAAGUAACGUUUGUCUCCAUUAUGGCAGGAGUAUAAAUUAUUAGGUGGUGAAUCAUUAUUUGUGAACAUGUUUACAGGUAAGGUAUCUAAAGAGAUAGUAGUACUUUAAGAAACUAAAGGUGGUAUUUUAGCAGAAGAAAUGUGUUUGGGAAAAACUUUAAUGGCUUUAGCAUUAAUUUUGGAAACUCUUAAUAAUGAGAAUUAAAUUCUUAUUGUUGUACCUAAAUCAGUAUUAAAAUAAUGGGAAAAUGAAAUUACUAUACAUUCUAAGCCAGAUAGUUGAAAAGUUUUAGUAUAUUAUAAAAAUAAAGACAGAAAGAACAAGUAAAUAGAUAUUAAGAGCUAUAAUAUUAUAUUAACUACUUAUGCAAUAUUGAGUAUAGAUUAUUAAAUUUGGAGUCAAAUUAAUAAUAUUAAUCUUGAAUAAGAUAGUGAAGCUAAUUAGACUGUUAAUUUUGCUGAAAGAAUUUAUUCUAAUGAACAAUCCAGUGAUUUCUCUCAUUCGAUUGAUAUAUAUGACAACAGUAGCUCUGAAGAUGAUUAAUAAAAUUAAUCUUCUAUUAAUCCUACAUAUUAAUUCUUAAAUGAGAAGAGAAAAAAAAGAAAGUUAAUAAAAAAAAGAAAUCAAAUUAUAAUAAAAGAUGGAGAAAAUUGAAAAAGAAAAGUAGAAAAAAUAAUUAAGUGAUGAAAAAUUAGAGAAAGCAAAAGAUCAUUUUAAUUUAUUUAAAUAAAAAUACCAUAGAGUUAUUUUAGAUGAAGCUCAUAAUAUUAAAACUAGAUAAACAUUACAAUCAAAAAGUGCUAAUGCUUUAGAGGCUGAUUAUAGGUGGUGCUUAACAGGUACUCCUAUGUAAAAUAAACAUGAUGAUUUAUUUGCUUUAAUUUAAUUUCUUAAAGUUGAAACUUUCUCUCAAUAGUAAUUUAAUUUAUUUGAUUUUUAGUUUUUGGUGGAAUACAUAUAUAAAUAAAGAAGAAAAUGAAGAAGAUUAAAUAAGAAUAUUAUCUUAAAUUUUAUAACCUAUUAUACUAAGGAGAACGAAAAAUUCUUAAAGAUUUGAUGGUUUAAAUUAAGUUGAAGAAGAAAUUUGCUGGGUGGAGCUAAAUGAAAAAGAAAAAAUACUCUAUUAAAAAUUAUUACAAGGUUCUUAAGAUAUAUUUAAACAUUUUACUAUUGGAAAGAAUAAUAAAUCUUAUGUUCAUAUCUUUUAAAUAAUUAAUAAAUUAAAAUUAGCAUGUAAUCACCCUCAAUUAGCCUUAAAAGAAAUUAAUUUAGAUAAAACACCAAUGGAAGAAAUUAUAACAAAAUUAAUUUAUUUUUUAAAAUUAAAUAAUAAAGUACAAAUAUGACAGAUUUAUACAAAAAAUCAUUAAUUGAAAAUAUAAGAAAUGGAGACAUAUAAGAAUGUGAAAUUUGUAAAAAUGAUUAAAUUGACACAUUUUGUUUAUCAUCUUGUGGUCAUGUAUUCUGUCGAAAGUAAUCUAUAAAAUAAUAAUUAAAUAGAUGUUUUACUCAAAUUAUUAAUUAAUAGUCAUUGUGUCCAUAAUGCAGAAUGAAUUUAUCAAUUAAUGAUUUAAUCGAAAUCAAAAUUGAUAAUGAGACUGAAUCCGAGGAUUUAAAGACAUUGAAAUAUGGUAAUAGAAGGUCUUAAUAUUCACACAAUCAAUCGAUAUGA